AUGGCGAAUCGUAAGCGGGAUCGUUCGCCAUCUCCAGGUCCCGACGAAGACCACGAGACAAUGCGCAUCAUGCCCAUCGGUGCCGGCAACGAGGUCGGCCGCAGCUGCGUGAUCCUCAAGUACAUGGGCAAGACCAUCAUGCUCGACUGCGGCAUCCAUCCGGGCUACAACGGAAUCGCGGCGUUGCCGUUUUUUGACGCCAUCGAUCCCUCCGAGGUGCGCGGUGUUGUAGGCAUCUACACAAGGGUGUUCGAGCAUCCUAUUGUACAUAGUAUAGAUGGCAUACAUUUGUGCGUAGCUGUACUUCGCAAAAACGUGGGGGCCUGAAUGUUUGUUUGCUCCAUCCUUUAGGGACCCGCUCGGCUCGUAUUGCCAGCACAUGGUUAUUUUAUUUUAUUUUAUUUUAUUUUAUUUUUUGUCUUCACUUCAAAUCAGCGCUCACAGCACUAGUGCCGUUUACUCCAACCCGUGGUCACACAGAAGAGCCCCUCUCUACCCUCCCCUCCUGCGGUACUUUGCCUUCGAUUUUUAAUGCGAGAAGAGUUCAGCACUCUCUUCCCUCUGUGUACACACGAACUAGCGCUAUCCACUAGACCAGGAGCGGAAGCGAGAGAAAAACUCACUUUGCAAGAAAAGCUCGCUUACGCCGUGAUUCGAACCCCUGACCUGACCUCUAGAAGGUUUCGCGGAUACCAACUAGACCACCGGCGCGACC